UACAAACCUUUUCUACAUUUUUAGAGAGGUGUGAACUGUCUCUGGGGAUGCACAUUUUCAGAAGUAAACCAAAGACAAUACAAGGAAACAGGAAGCUCCCUGUGCAUAGUUUCUCAGACAACUAAUGUGUAAGUCAAGUCACAGACCUUGUCUAAGUUCACUACUCAGGCCUGGAAAAACGCAUUUGGCCACCUGGAAACAGGAAAAGGUAAAACCGAAAUAAUGGCUGAAGCAAUACCGCUGCGAGAAAAGAAGCAGAGAACUCUACCUCGGUCUGAUGGGUGUGGUCUGAAUAACUUCGAUGCUCUGGAUUUGACUGGAGGGUUGAGGAUAGUCCUGGUGGGCAAGACCGGAUCUGGGAAGAGUGCAACAGGAAACACCAUUCUUGGGAGAGCUGCCUUCAAAGAGGACCCAAGCCCUGUGUCUGUGACCAAGCACUGCGAGACUGGAAGCGGGGAGGUGGACGGGACUGUGGUCCAGGUGAUUGACACUCCAGGUCUGUUUGAUACAGCCAUCACAGAAGAAGAGUUAAAAACCAGAAUAGAGGAGUGUGUUAAGAUGUCAGUGCCCGGCCCUCACGCCUUCCUGCUAGUGAUCAGGCUCGGAGUGAGGUUCACAGAGGAGGAAAGAAAUGCUGUGAAGUGGAUCCAGGAUAACUUUGGAGAUGAUGCCUCCAUGUACACUAUCAUGCUGUUCACGUGUAAAGAUCAGGCUAAAGCUGACAAUGCUCUGAAGGAGUGCAAGGAGCUGCGGAGACUUUCAAUCACAUUCGGACGCAGGUACCACGCCUUCAACAACAAAGACGCAGAUGACCAAGUGCAGGUCAAAGAGCUGAUCACCAUGAUCAAGGAAAUGAUACAGGAUAACGGGGGGAAACACUACACCAACGAGAUGUAUGAGAAAGCCCAGCGGAAGCUGAAAGAGGAGGAGGAGCGGAGAAAACAAGAGGAGGAAGAGAAGAAAGAGGAGGAGAGGAAAAUGUGGGAUGCAGAGAGGGAGAAGAUAGAGAAAGAGAGAGAGAAGGAGAAAAAGGUUAGAAGAAAGAAUAUACGCGUAGCCUCGGCUGCUGCUGUUGUGUUGGUGAUAGCUGGGGUGGUGAUAGCAGUGGGAGCUGACACCACAGUGGCUUUGGCUCUCGGGGCUCCUGUACUUGUCCUGGGAGUGUUAUGUGGUUUCGCUGCUUUUUGCAUAUGGAAGGGCAUAAGCUGCAAAGCCAAAGCAGAGGUUCCAGUAUAACUAGGCUAGUGACAAGGAUAUGUUGAUCUGCAGUGCUGAAUAUUCACUAUUAGUAUUGCACACAAUGAUGUUCUGUUCUUUUCUGCUUCCAAAAUGAACAAGUUUUGACAAUAACAGAAGUUUGGUAAUUUAAUGCCGAUAGUAAACAGACAAAAUUUAAUGCAA